AUGGCACCGUUGCGUAUAGGCUUCGUUCCAGAGCACUUCUCAACACCACUCGAGUUUGCCAAGAAACACUAUGGCCUCGACUCAAAACUUCUGCCUUUCCCCUCCGGCACGGGGCACAUGGUCACUGCGUUGCAGAACAAUGAGAUCGACGUUAGUGUCGGUCUAACAGAAGGAUGGAUCGCCGCCUUGGGCAAGGGGCAGGCUGCAAAGAAAGACGCUGGCUUUAGGAUCGUGGGCACAUAUGUUGAGACACCGUUGUGCUGGGCCAUUUCCAGCGGUACCUCGAGGGACGACGUCAAGAGCAUAGAAGAUCUGAAGGGCAAGAGAGUGGGUGUGAGCAGGAUUGGGAGUGGAAGCUAUGUUAUGAGCUUCGUAUUGGCAGACCAGCAAGGCUGGCUCCAGACAGGCGAAACGCCAUUUCCAGUCGAAGUGCUGAAUACUUUUUCCAACCUGAGGGACGGUGUCAACGACAAAACGGCGGACUUCUUCAUGUGGGAGCACUUUACAUCAAAGCGGUACUACGACAACGGUUCAAUCAAGCGCGUCGGCGAGAUCUACACACCAUGGUCGAGCUGGAAGAUCGUCGCCGCCAAUGCGCUGCUGAACCCGGAGAACUGGAGUCACGGCGCCAAUGCUAGUUCGCCACCACUUAAGAAAGAGCUGGAAGACACGCUGGAGAAAAUCAACAAGGGUGUGAAGCACUUCGAGGAGAACCAAGAGGAGGCUGUACAGUAUAUCAGCACAAAGCUGGACUACUCAGAGGAAGACGCACGGGAAUGGCUGAAGACGGUACAAUUUGCCAAGGAUGUAAGAGGCGUGGACCAAAAGAUUGUUGAUAAGACAGUGAAUAUCUUAAAGAAAGCAGGUGUGCUGGAUGAGAAAGCGGAUCCUCCGGCCAUGAUUGCAUUAUCAAGAUAA